AUAUUUGAGUAGUCGAACAACACAGCUUCUUUCAAGAUGGCCGCUGGAGACACUGCUCUCUGGCUCCAUAACAAGUUAGGAUCAACUGAUGAUUUAUGGUCAGGAAAAAGCAUUUGUUCUCAGCUUUCUCGUGAAAAAUUAUUGAAUAUUCAAGAUUGUUUUCACGCGCUUCAGUCUCAUGUAAAAGUAAAGCUGUUACUAUCAUUUUUACACAUUCCCAGACGCAAUGUUGAGCAGUGGCAGGCAGAUCUUGAAGAAAUAAUAUCCUUAGGUAUUAAUGACCCUGAUCCAUGGGUUGCAACAAUAGGAGAAAUAAUGCGAGAGUUCCCUGUAUCAGGAGCUCUUCUGCUAGUAGAACAAGACAACAGAUCUGAUUCUAACAUGUUGGCCUGCUUGGAUGAAAUCAAAUUACUAGCUCAGAACUCUAAUGUUAGCAUGAUGCCAUUAGAAUGCCAGUAUUUGAACAAAGCAGCUUUGACUGCAGCUGCUGGCCAUAUCCCUGAAGCUUCAAAGCAUUUCACAGUAAAAAGAAAGCCUAAAUCUGCAGCUUUGAGAGCAGAGAUUAUUCAGAAAUCUUCAGAAACAGUUUUAAAUAAAAGGAACCAUGCAUCCAGUUCAGUGCCAAUAAAAUCCAGAAGCUUUGCUAAAACAAUGGAUAUAACCCCUAUCAGAACUCCACCAGGCCGAACACAAGCCAACAACUCAGAGUUUAGGUCCCCUGGGAACUCAUUACGUCUGAACACAUCCCUGAGUCGCUCGCCCAUUACACCUUUACCACUCACACCCCGGCCGGGCUCUACCAAAAAAGAUACCAAAAUCAAACUUCUUGAAAUAGAAGAAAUGCCUGUUGGUGCAAAAGAAGCCAAGAGAAGAAAAAAAAUUGCCGAUAUGGCCCAGGAAGCACAGAAGAAAGAAAAGGAAGCGGCGGCAGCAGCAGCUGGAACAAAUGUGACGGUCACAACACCAACUUCCACCACUGCUGCAGCACCAUCUUAUACACCUGACUACGCUGCAGGUCUCAUUGCACCUGCCACACCUAAAAUGCCUAUCACAGUUUUAAGUGUAUCCUCAUCAGCUCUGUCACAGCCCUCACCUGCAUACUUACCCACAUCAGCCAGACAGAAUACUCCUGCUACAACAUUGAGUGGCAUUGGAACACUAUCUGCUGCGACUUUACCAGCCAGCAAACCGAAUCUCUCUCAGCAGUUAAAAAACCAGCUGUUACAGCCUCAGGUUCUUCGCCCUUCUACCCCAGCUUCAAUACCAAUGAUGGCACCUAUACUCAUAGCCACCCAGCCCUCGGCAGUCCCAAGUUUCUCCCCAGCACAAACUGGCCCGGUCCUCUCAGCGAGCACAGCAUUGCCGGCUUCAGCCGUUCUCCCUACUGCAGUGGUCAGGCCCCAGCAGACAAUUUUUGUUCAACAAGGGACAGCAGUGGGGCAAGCCCACUAUGUUUCACUUGCUCCAGGGUUAGCUCCCGCUCAGCCUACCCCAGCCCAACCUGCAGGGGCUAAAAAAGCAUUAUCUCUUACUAAAGAGCAAAUGACAGAAGCCCAAGAAAUGUUUAAAGCCUCAAACAAAGUUUCAAGACCAGAGAAAGCUCUGAUAUUAGGUUUUAUGGCUGGCUCCAGAGAAAACCCAUGCCCAGAACAAGGCUCAGUUCUGAACAUAAAACUUAGUGAAAAAGAAGAAAUCGUUUCUUUACCUGAUGGCUCCUUAUUGAAAAAGAUUGAAGAUACAUAUUUCCAAAUGAACUACGCAACAGGAGAGUGGAGAAGGUUUCAAAAACAUAGAGAAAUUAGGGAACCUGCCAUAUCUUGACACCAGCCUUAUCACGUUCAUUGUGUAAAAUUUUCAUGUAUCAUCCCUGGCUCCUGUUGGGUGUGACUGGAAACUCUUGCGGUAUGUGGCAGAGCUCCCUGUUGGCAUUGGCCAUCCCUAGGGACUCUGGUGUGUAAAUGGUUUGUUGAAUGAACUUUCUGCAGUUGAUUAUUUGUGUGAUGAAAUACUUUGUAUUUUACCAAUGUGUUCUGAAGUAUACGCAACUGAUCGGAUGGGGGUUGUUUUCACUCUGUGUUUAGUG